CACAUAUAUCUAUACAUAUUAAUCGAUCAAUUAAUUAGGGAAAUUUUUGAGAUGGGUUUACAUGGGAAAUUGAUUGCAGCAGUAGAAUUCAGAGCUGGUGGAGAUGUGUUCCACGAGCUUCUCAAGAACAAUCCACAUAAUUUUUCCACAAUGAGCCCUGAAAUAGUGCAAGGUUGUGAUCUUCAUGAGGGUGAAUUUGGUGAUGUUGGUUCCAUCAUUUGUUGGAGGUACACUCAGGAUGGGAAAGAGAAGAGAGCGAAGCAGGUGAUCCAAUCGAUCGAUGAAGAUAAAAAAUUGAUUAAAUUCAAGGUGCUUGAGGGAGACUUAAUGGAGCUAUACAAAGAUUUCGUUAUUAUAGUCCAUGUGGAGACACAUGGAGGAACUGAUUUGGUGACGUCGACAUUAGAAUACGAGAUGCUUAAUGAAGAAGUAGAGCAUCCCAUCUCGUUGCUUUCCAACUUCAUCAACGUCAUCAAAGACAUCGAAACUCAUCAUCUUGGCCAACCUUGAAUGUUCACUAUUAGCCAUUUCCAACAAGAACGUGUGGUAUUCAAUAAUGUUUGAUACUUAGAUGUGUGUGUGUGAGAGAGAGAGAGAGUGAGAAUUUGUCCAGUGAUGUGUGAUUACUUUAAUGUUUCGAAGUUAUUGUAUUUAGCUCUUCUAUUCCUACUGCAACAUUGUAUGCAAGCCAGUGAUGUGUGAUUAAAAAAUAAAAGGAUUAUUUUUAAAAAAUUGCA